UUCCCGGUUGGGUCCCUCCUCCCUGCUGGCUUAUUAUCGGCCCGCCUGCUUUCCCCCAGCACAAGCAGCAUUUCACACAGCAGCAGCAAAAGGGGAGGACGCGCGUUUUGGUUCCUCAAAGUCAACCCAAAAAAAAAAAAGAAGAAAAAAAAAAAAAGAAAGAAAACGACGCACACAGGGUUGGAAUUAAUGCAAAAAUUUGGAUUUCCACACAUUAGAGAGAACACGUCUCGUUGUUAGGAUGAGAGCCUGAGCUGGUUUCACAGCCACUUCAGUGAAAUCCCGAGAAACAGAAGAGAAUCCACAGUGAGAAUCAGAAUGACAUCCACCGAGGAGCCGUCCGGCACAGUCUUGCACCGGCUCAUCCAGGAGCAGCUUCGCUACGGAAACCCCACCGACACCCGCACCUUACUCGCCAUCCAGCAGCAGGCCCUGCGGGGGGGCAGCGGGAGCAACAGUGGGCCCAGCAGCGGGGGCGACAUGGGCAGGAGCCCCAGGUCCUCUCUGGAGAGCCUCACCCAGGAGGAGCCUCCGUUCCCCCAGCUCUCUGCCAGACAAGAGCCCCAGGGCCAAGAGCACCAAGGCGACUUCCACCACUCGGAAAGCGCCUUUCAACUCUACCAGCUCCACGGUGAGGAGCUGCCCACCUACGAGCAAGCCAAGGCACAUUCUCAGUACCUGGCCACCCACGAGGGCGCCUUCCACGAGGAGGUGGACGAGAUGGAGCGGAAGUGUGCCCACGCUCGCUCCCUCAGCGAGCACCGCAUGCAAAUCUCUCUGGAGAGGAACGACACAGUUGCCAAGGCAGAGGUGGUCAAGAGCACCUCUCACAGCUACCCCGAGCUGGCGUACUACACCCAGUGGGGCCCCCAGAGCCCAGAGAAACGCAACCCUCCACCUGAGUACUCGGCUCCCCUCCAGGGACAAGGAUUUAUCCCACACCAGGCCCAGGAGCCGGCACAAGCCCCGCAGCACAGGUACAUCCAGUCCGGGCCGCCAGCUGACGUCUCUUGCUACAAUGCUUUCACCGGCUUGCCCCCUGCUGGCUUGGAGGAGCCCAACCAAGUGGAGUUGCUGUUGAUGGAGAAUGAGAGGCUGAGGCACGAGCUGGAAGCUCACCGGGAGAAAACUGGUCGUAUUCAGAAGUUGGAGCAGGAAAUCCAGCGUAUUUCAGAGGCCUACGAGAAACUGAUGCAGGGCAGCAGCAAGCGAGAGACUCUGGAGCAGACUCUGAGGAGGAGGCUGGUGGAUGAAAUCCGCCGGCUGCAGGAUUUCAACCGAGACCUGAAAGAGAACUUGGAAAGCGCCCGAACACACGUCGCCAAAGAAGUGCAGGUCGCCGACCACAACCAGCACAUCAUGGCCAAACUCCUUGAGCAAAACGAGGAGCAGAACGUGGAACGGGAGCGCAUGGAACGGGAAGCCGAACGAUUGCGGGCCGAGGCUGAGGAGCAGAGCCUCCGUACCAGGAGGCUGGAGGAGGCCCUGGAGGCCGCCCGGGGACGAGGCCGUCAGCUGGAGGAUGAGUUGCGCAGGAAGAGGGCCUAUGUGGAAAAGGUGGAGAGGCUCCAGAGCGCCCUGGCUCAGCUGCAGUCCACCUGUGAGAAGAGAGAGAGCCUGGAGAUGAAGCUCAGGACACGCCUGGAGCAGGAGCUCAGGAGUUUGAGGGCUCAGCAGCGCCAGUCCCAACCACCCGGCGUGACCAUGGGCUCCCUCCAAGAGCGUCUGCGGGAGCGCGAGGAACGCAUCCUGGCGCUGGAGGCCGACAUGGUACGCUGGGAACAGAAGUACCUGGAGGAGAGCACCAUGAGGCAGUUCGCCAUGGAGGUGGCCGCCACUGCCGCCGCGCAGAGAGACACCACCAUCAUCAACCACUCGCCCUGCCACUCCUCGAACAACAGUUUUAACGAGGACCUGCCAGUCGCGGAUGUCCGCAAUCAGGAAAUGGAGAACAGAAUCCGUGCUCUCUACGCUCAAAUCCUGGAAAAGGAUGCCGUGAUCAAGAUCCUCACCCAGCGGCUGCACCAGGACCAGGGGCGGAAGGACGAGCAGAGUUCCCGCACGAACCUCCUCAGCGCAGCCGGGGCGCCCCUGAGACUGGCCUCUUCCACGCCCUCCAUUUUCACAGCCAAGAGCGGCGCCAAGAGUCGAGGUAAGAGUCUUUCCGACGAUCAGACGUUGCCGAGCCACCUGUUUUCCGCUCAGUCGGAACCCAACACGCUGGAACGGCAGACGGAGGGAACCAAAGGCAAUGAGGCCUCCGGCAUCGCCAAGCUCAAUGCCGGUAAGACAACACCAAAGAUGUUGCUAUUAAACCCCUUCAGAGGCCUGGAGGAGUUGGAGUCGGAAGCAGUGGAGAUUUUUAUUUAAAAGACCUGAACAGUGUGAGAAAGAAUUCCCGAAAUGUGUGAAGUCUGUCACAGGAAGAAGAUAUUGGAUGUAAGAAACUGGAAUAUUGUGGGUAAUCAAAAGGGUGGUGGUGGGGGUGGGGUUUCCCAUAUUGAGAGGAAGAGCUGUGCUCUGACUCAGGGCUGCAGGCAGUCGGCCCAGGACUCUUCCAGGUACUUGGACAGUAUUUUGGACUGUGGUUGGCGCCUGUAUGCCAACAUAUUUAUAUACCGUAUAAAUUGAUAUACAGUAAUUGCUGCUUCCUUCCUUCCUUCCUUCUUUUUCUGUCCAAUCCUUUCCCCCCCAAUCCAAUGAAUGACAAAGUUGCAUAUUUAUCUUCCCAAAUAUGAAUUUAAGCCUCAUGCUCUCGCUCUCUCUCUCUCAGAUACUGUAAAUAUUCAGCAUUGCCCUCCGACAAAAUGUGGAUUUUUUUUUUAACCUGAGUAACCUCAAUUUCGUCCCCGUUGCUCACUAAUUUAUAACAGAAACACUGUUGAAUCGCCCAGGUUUUGCGUGUUUUCGACGUCUCAACAGCUGGUUCUGCUGAGGCCGAGAAGCACGUGACCAGAUGUGAUUUAUUGUAUAAAUGUUUCUUUUUUUUUUUUUGCCAAACUGACACAGACCUGAUGUUGUUUGUAAAUGUGUGUGAGGAGGGUUGAGUUUAUUCAUAGCUGAUUUAUGUGCGUAUGCAUGUGUAAUCUCCCUCAUACGGCCAAUCCGCUGGUUCGGAUACCGUUUGUGUGGGAGUUUAAAAACGUGUUUUUUUGUGUGUUUACUGUGAGCUUUUUAACUAACAACCACAGGUUAAUUAUUAUUAUUGUUAUUAAGUAUAUUUUUUAUUCAGAGAUCUGUAUUAUUGUUAUUAUUAUUAUUAUUGUAGAUAGUAUAGUGCUUUGAGCAGAACGCCAAAGAGUUUAUGUAUGUUUUUUUUGUUUUUAAGUUAUGUGCCGACAAUCGCGGUCAAAGUCAAACGUUGGACACAACCGAGCGAGUGUUGACUUCCAGCAGUCAUUUCUGUCAACUUCAGAGCAUUAUGAAGGUUUUUACAGUUGAAUUUCAAUCGACAUUUCAUAAAGCAAUAAAACAUUUGAAUUUA